AUGUCAACCUCAAACCCAUUGCAAAACAUUCUCACUCCAGAUCAAUUUCAAAAAUGUAUCAACUUUUACGAAGCCGAUCAAAGACUAGACCAUAAAGAUAGAGUGACAAUUGCUUCUCAAUUGCAAGGUAUUUCAAUUAAGUCAAAUCUCAUUGGUUAUACAACUGGUAUGUUGGGGUUCUUUGGUCCAACAGUUUACAUUAGACUCAUUAAAAAGCCACUCAUCACCCCAACCCCAUUCUUUUUGAUUCAGUAUCCAUUCUUGUCGUUAUGUUUUGGUUUUGGUACUUUAGUUGCUGGUGGUUACUACUCAGGAAAGUACUUUUUCAACAAGACCAAGGAAACUCCAUCAUCUUUUCCUAAUCCUAAUGUGGCUAAUGUGUGGAAGAAUAUGGAAUACCAAAACGUUGGUGCCUACACAUUGUACUACCUUAGAACAAGUUUCAAUCCAAUGUUUAUAAUCAGGGAUCCAAGAACUUGCUCUGAUGAAGCCUUGGUCGAUGCUAAGCAAAACAACCACUUCACUGAUAGCAUUGGCCUAGGUCAUACUGAUUCUACAGGUCAAAAGCACCCAUUGAGCGUAUGGGACAGGUUAAGGUUGCACCAUGGUAUGGAUAUCAGUAAAUAA